AUGAACAAGACUGGAGAUAUAGUCAGCCUGCAGUCUUUUAACUACGAGGAGUUAAAGACGUUUCAGUUUAAAGUUCAGGCCACAGACUCUGGUGUCCCUCCGCUCAGCAGCAACGUGACUGUGAACGUUUGUAUCCUGGAUGAGAAUGACAACAGUCCCGCGAUCCUCGCGCCCUAUUCGGAGCACGGCUCCGUUAACAGUGAGAGCAUCCCCUAUUCUGCUGAAGCGGGAUACUUUGUGGCAAAGAUCAGGGCUGUAGACGCAGACUCUGGAUACAACGCGCUGCUGUCUUAUCACCUGUCUGAGCCCAAAGGAAACAACCUCUUCCGGAUCGGAACCAGCACCGGGGAGAUCCGGACUAAGAGGAGGAUGAGUGACAAUGACCUGAAAACUCACCCCUUGGUGGUGUUGGUCUCUGAUAGCGGAGAGCCCUCCCUGUCAGCUACUGUGUCUAUUGAUGUGGUGGUGGUCGAAAGCACAGCUGACAUCCAGACUCAGUUCAGACAUGUGCCCGUAAAGGAGGAGAGCUUCUCUGAUUUAAACCUGUAUCUGCUGAUCGCCAUCGUGUCAGUGUCAGUGGUCUUUUUGCUGAGCCUCAUCAGUUUAAUAGCUGUCAGAUGCCACAGGACAGACGGCCCUUUCAGCAGGUACAGCGCCCCGAUGAUCACCACCCACCCUGACGGGAGCUGGUCUUACUCUAAAUCUACUCAGCAGUAUGACGUGUGUUUCAGCUCAGACACACUGAAGAGUGACGUAGUGGUUUUCCCCGCACCGUUUCCGCCUGUAGAUGCGGAGCUGAUCAGUAUUAACGGAGGGGACACUUUCACCAAAACUCAGACUUUACCCAAUAAAGACAAGAUAUCCUACUCUGUUUCCGAGGAGGCGGACAAAGGGACUGUGGUAGGGAAUCUCGCAAAGAAUUUAAAUGUCAACGUUCGAGACCUGCAAACGAGGAAUCUAAAUAUCGUUUCUGGGUACAGUAAGAAAUAUUUCGAGGCUAAUAUUAAAACGGGGGAUCUUUAUGUCAGUGAGCGAAUAGACCGCGAGGAGAUUUGUCCAAACACGAUCAAAUGCACACUAAACUUAGAGGCCAUAAUGAGUGAUCCUAUGGUACUCCAUCGCAUUGAGGUGGUAAUUGUUGAUUUAAAUGACAACGCACCUACAUUCGUCGAGACGUCAUAUUCACUUAACAUAUCUGAAUUGUCACCUACAGGCGAGCACUUCUUGCUUCCCCUGGCUAUUGAUGCAGAUACAGGAAGCAAUUCAGUAAAGACUUACAGGCUGAGUCCAAAUGAGUACUUCUCCCUAGAUGUACAGAGCGGUGGAGAACAUAGUGUAUCUGCUGAAUUAGUGCUGCUGAAAGCUUUGGAUCGUGAAAAACAAGCGGUUAUUAAACUAACGCUGACCGCUGUAGACGGAGGAAAGCCUCCUAAAACCGGAGGCUUACACAUAAAUGUAAAUGUUCUGGAUGCCAAUGAUAACACGCCGUCAUUUAGUAAAACACUUUACAAGGCACGGGUAAAAGAAAAUGCGCCACCUGGAUCAUUAGUAAUUCAACUGAGUGCGACAGAUUUAGACGAAGGGGACAACGGGAGGCUUGCUUACUCUUUUGUCAAGCGUGGAAACUUCAAUCCUGCAGAUGUGUUUUUAAUUCAUGCAGAAACUGGGGAGAUCACGGUAAAGGGUACUUUGGAUUACGAAGCACAGCCAGCAUAUGAAAUUCAUGUUCAAGCAACAGACCAGGGGUUUUUGCCUCGGAGUGCAAAUGGAAAGCUGCUGGUGGAGGUAGUUGAUGUGAACGACAAUGCCCCAGAAAUUGUGGUGACGUCACUCAUGAACCCCGUUAAAGAAGACGCUGAGAUAGGAAACGUUGUCGCUUUAGUGACAGUGACUGAUAAAGAUGGAGGAAAAAACGGUCAGACUGGCUGUAAACUUAUUGGUUCCGCACCUUUUAAGCUAAAUUCCAAUUAUAAGAAUUAUUACUCAUUAGUUGUAGAUGCACCUCUUGACAGAGAAGGAUGCUCUUUGUACAAUGUCACGAUUACGGCUGCAGAUGAAGGCACUCCGCCUCUAUCCAGCACCAGCGUUAUCACUGUACAGGUUGCUGAUGUCAAUGAUAACGCGCCUGGUUUCCUUGAACCCGUGAUUAAUAUUUAUGUAAAAGAAAACAGUCCCGUUGGAGCUCGUAUUUAUACGAUAACUGCAGUCGACCCUGAUAUAAAUGAAAACGCUAGAGUGACAUAUUCAUUGGAUGGUGAUUCAAAAAGUAUUCCUAUAACUUCUGUUGUAAACAUCAACUCGGAGACAGGAGAUAUAGUCAGCCUGCAGUCUUUUAACUACGAGGAGUUAAAGACGUUUCAGUUUAAAGUUCAGGCCACAGACUCUGGUGUUCCUCCGCUCAGCAGCAACGUGACUGUGAACGUUUGUAUCCUGGAUGAGAAUGACAACAGUCCCGCGAUCCUCGCGCCCUAUUCGGAGCACGGCUCCGUUAACAGUGAGCAUCCCCUAUUCUGCUGA